GCAAACCAAUUAUUUAUCUGCCUCAUUUUGCAGUAUCAGUAUAUACCUAUCUAUUAUAUUUGUAUGACUUUUCUACUGCUACAGUGCUACAUAAUCUUGGAGAAUGGAGUUGGAGUGGCUAUUGCAAAGUUCAUUAUUCACUGAAAAAUUUUGGUCUUGUGCAAAUUAGGCCAUUGAAACUUUUGUAUAUUAGAUGACAUUUAUAAUGUGUAGCUUAAAUAUUUUUAUUCUAUAGAUUUUUUUGGGUGUAAGACAAUUCAUCAGAAAUGUUGAAAUAUUAUUAUGACUUGAUGUCACAGCCUUCAAGGGCUCUAUAUAUUUUUCUCAACAAGACCAAGAUUCCAUAUGAAAAGUGCAAGAUUGACCUGGCAAGAGGUGAACAUAAGAGUGACGAGUACUCCGACAUUCAUCCCUUCCAGCAAGUUCCUGCCAUCAAUGAUUCUGGAUUCAAGCUUUUUGAAAGUGUUGCCAUCAUGCGGUAUUUGUGCCACAAGUAUCCUGACCACGUUGCUGAUGACUGGUACCCCAAGGAUAUUGCCAAGCAGGCUUAUGUUGAUCAGUAUCUUGAGUGGCAGCAUGCAAACACGCGCUUUGGCUGUGCAAUGUACUUCCAACACAAGUGGCUGAUACCUCGCAUGACCGGCAGCCCUGCCAAGCAGGCAAAUGUGGACAAAUUCCAGACCACCAUGGAGAAUGUCCUGCAGCAUUUCGAGAACUAUUGGCUCAAGGACUCUAAGUUUGUGGCGGGCCAGGAGAUCUCCAUAGCCGAUAUCCUGGCCGUGUGCGAGCUCUACCAGCCUGCCAUGGCGGGCUACAACGUCUUCAUGGACCAUCCACGUCUGGCGGCGUGGCAUGAGCUCGUCAAGUUGGAGCUUAACCCUGAGCUUGACGAAGCCAAUGUCAUAUUGAAUAAAAUAAUCGCCAAGCAGAAUAUGUCAAAACUGUGAGGCAACUUGGAGCAUCAGAUAUUGGUUUGUGGGCUCAACUUUGAACGUCGGAUGUUGGUUUGUGGGCUGAAGUAAGCAUUUUUGUAUUGUUUAUUUGAUUGACUGUGGGUGGGUUGUUAAGCAAUAACCUUGCUACCAUGAAUGCAAGUGUUAUGGGAAUGAGGAUGUUGAUUGUUUUGUUACAUUGACUUGGUCGUCUCUCCUUUACUUUUAUGCUUCUGUAGUUUGUUUACAUAGUGUGAAUACCGAUAUUCACAGUUUAGUGAAUACAGAGUUCAUGUUGAGCUUCCUUGGAAAUAAUUCUUAUUUCCGAUCAUCUCUAUAUAUAUUUUUUAAUUGUUGGAAAAGUUUUUUAUAAAAUGCAAUUUUCAGCCAUGUAAUGUGCUAAUUUUAGCUUUUUAAGGUGCAAUUGUCAAUUGUCUGCCAUACAUAUAAUAGCAGACUCCAGCUAUAUAAGGACAUAUUUUAGCCAUACAAUGAGCAGUUUUCCGCCAUAUGACAGUUUUCAAUAAAUGUUGAUAACCCUUUUGUUGCUGAUAGAUACGCCAGUAUGGUAUCAUUUGUCUCAAAAUGUUGUGUAUUUCUAUAGCGACGCUGAAAAUUUAGCUUCAUCACUCAUCGAGACUCGAUUCCGAUAUCCUAUUGCACUACUUAUGAAUAGAUCGAAAUGACCCUAAGAAGUAAUGUUAUUAUGGGUCUUGCUGAUCGAAUUGACGAGUGAGCUCCGUAAAGUGGAGUAUUUGGGGUAUUUUUAUGAAGUGUUAAAGUGUUAAAUAUCCAACUGUGCCAUUGUAAUCUUUCAAUAUAUAUUUUAACUGCUAUGGGAAAGUUGUUUUUCGUAUUUACGUCUAGCUUUAAUGAUGAUAUUCAAAUGAAUCGUAAGAACAAUU